AUGGGUAUAAAUCAGUUAAAGUCUAGGAUUAGUCCUAUGUUGAGAUUAACCAGUAGGGAGACAUUGGACCUUCUAUGGUUUGUUGAUCCAUGCCUACCAUCAAACAUCAUUAAUGAUGUAGAAUUUUGGUUUUUCUGGGAAAAUGCAAUUGAAGAUGAACAUGGUUGGAUUACAUUGUAUUUGCAAGUGAUGCCACUAGAUGAGAAUGGUGAGAUAGAUGUAUCUCAGGUUACUGCAGAUUCACAGCCUCCUCCACCACAGAUGACACCCAAAAAGAAUGUGACUCCAAAGAAGCCAGUCUCUAAGACUCCACCUAAACCAGUUUUUACUAGUGGUUCAUCACCUAAGAGAUGGCAUGGAAAGUCAGUUAGAAGAAGUCAAAGAAUACCAAGGAUGAAGAAGAAGAAUCCUACUAAAGUGUUUGUUGAUUUAGCUGGUAGUGAAGAAGAUGUUUCUGAUGAAUAUGUUGAUGAUGGAGGUGUAUCAGUUCUACAGUUUACUCAACAAACACAAGCAAGUGUAGCUGAGAAUGAUGAUGGAGAUGUUUAUAUUCCACAGUUUACUCAACAAACACAAGCAAGUGUAGCUGAGAAUAAUCCUGUUUUGGAGGCUAGUGGAGCUGAACAAGGUAAUGAGAUACCUAGAUUAGAUGAUUAUUUCAAUCAUGACUUUUGGGUUGAAGAUACAGCACAGGAAGAAGUGGUGGAAGAUUUGUUUGCAGUUGCCCAAGAGUACAAGAAAAGUGUUGAGUAUGUCAUGCACUUGAAAAAUGUAGAAGAAGAUGAAUAUAACCCUGAUGAUGAGGAUGUCCUGAAGAUGAAUGACAAUGACAUUGAAGAGAAAGAUAUCAAGAUUUACAAUAAGUUUCUACAAAAAGUUGAGAAUGGGUAUCUUUCAGAUGGUACUGCAAGUGAGAGAAGUGAUGGUGAUAAUGUUGAUAACGAUGCUGAAAGUGAUGGUGAUAAUGUUGAUAGUGAUGCUGGUGAUCCAAACUUUGGGGAGGUGGAGGUUGAGAAUGACAAGGAAGAGGACCAUUAUGGGGACUUGGUCUCUGACAGAGAAGAAGAAGAAACCAACAAGAAUGAUGGGUUUGAACUUAUAGUAUCAGAAAGCAACAAGACUGAUGGGCCUAAUUGUUCAAAGCCUAAAUGUUCAAAGCCUCAUGAUAGCACACAGUUUGAAGAAGAUCAUGCACAACAUUUUAAGGAUGAGGAAGAUGAGGAGAUGUUCCCUGAGGGAAUUACUUUUGAACAAGUGGAUCCUUACAGCCUAGUGAAGGGAAGCAAGUUUGUCAGCAAGAAUGCUUUCAAGAAGCAUUUGAGGGCCUACUGUGUGAAGCAUAGACAUCAGGGUGAAGGAACUACAUUUACUCUGAGAAGUUGGAAUGUGAAGCACACAUGCAAUGGAAAUGUUAAAGGGGAGAACAGAUGUGCAAAUCCAGAAUUUGUAGCUGACUGGUACAUGCAAAGGUUGGAGACUCUUGGUAACAAAAACAAAAUCCCUGAUCUUGUGUCAUUGGAAAAUGAGUUCAACAAAACAAUGAAAGUGAACAUUAAGUACCAUACAGCAUGGAGAGCAAGAAAUAUUGUGUUGCAGAAUCUUCAUGGCAGCUAUGAGGAGUAG